GGGUCCGGCCAGCCCCCGCGCAAAAAAGGCCCCUCGCCUGGGCUCUGGCGCGGCCGGCAGUCUCCCCGCUCCCCGGAGGCUGCUCCUGCCCAGCCCCCCGCCAGGAGUGGGGGCUGCAGCGCUUCCUCGCGAGGAGGAAACGGCGCCCAGAAUAAGGGGCCGACAAGCGGGCUGGCUCCGCUUCGGAGCCCCUCGAGGCGGGCUGGUGGGUUGAACCAGCCCUGGCCCUCCAAUCGCCGGGCCGCCCCCAGCAGCCGCCUUGGCGGGGCCAGCCCAGGGGGAGGCGGAGCGCAGAGGAGGAGGAGGAGGCGGCGCCCGCUCCGAGGGCCUCUCCACGCCUGGCCGGUGCGGCGGGGGCGUGGCGCUCGGGCUCGCGUCCUGGCCGCUGGAGAUGGCCGGCCGGGCGGCCGGGCAGCAGCAGCAGCAGCAGCAACGGGCGCAGGGCCCGGAGGCUCCUCCGAAGAAGGCGGCGGCGGACCGGGAGCAGCCGCCGGAGCCGGCUUUAUGGAAGAUGACCGAGUGGAUCCACGCACCUGCCUGAUCUGUGGAGACCGAGCGACGGGGCUGCACUAUGGCAUCAUCUCAUGCGAAGGCUGCAAAGGGUUCUUCAAGCGGAGCAUCUGCAACAGGAGGGUCUACCGAUGCAGCCGCGACAAGAACUGCGUCAUGUCCCGCAAACAGCGCAACCGAUGCCAAUACUGCCGGCUGCUCAAGUGCCUCCAGAUGGGCAUGAACCGGAAAGCCAUCCGAGAAGACGGCAUGCCUGGAGGCCGGAACAAGAGCAUCGGGCCUGUCCAGAUCUCCGAGGAAGAGAUUGAGCGGAUCAUGUCUGGGCAGGAGUUCGAAGGGGAGGCCAACCUCUUCUGGAGCAACAACGGGGACAGUGACAACAGCUCCCCUGGCAAUGGGGUCUCCGAGAGCAACCAGCCCUCCCCGGUUUCGACUCCCUCUUCAAGUAGGUCAGUGGAGCUGAACGGAUUUACUGCACUCAGGGACCAGUUCAUCGGGACGCCGGUGUCUGCACACUACCAGUACCUCCCGCACCUUCUGAGCUGCCCGGCUCACUCCGCUCUGCUGCCUGCCCAGCCCCGGAGCCUCGACCCCCAGACCCACGGCCUCCUCAUCAGCCAGCUCGUCUCCGCGGAGGACAUGGAGCCCCUGGGCACCCCGAUGCUGAUCGAAGACGGGUACAAAGUGACCCAGGCGGAGCUUUUUGCGCUGCUCUGUCGGCUGGCGGACGAGCUGCUCUUCCGGCAGAUCGCCUGGAUCAAGAAGCUGCCGUUCUUCUGCGAACUUUCCAUCAAGGACUACACCUGCCUCCUGAGCUCCACCUGGCAGGAGCUGAUCCUCCUCUCCUCUCUCACCGUCUACAGCAAGCAGAUCUUUGGGGAUCUGGCGGACGUGACUUCCAAGUACUCUCCCUCGGAGGAGGAGCUGCACAGGUUCAGUGAGGAGGCGAUGGAAGUGAUGGAGCGGCUGAUCUACCUGUACCGCAAGUUCAGCCAGCUGAAAGUCAGCAAUGAGGAGUACGCAUGCAUGAAAGCCAUCAACUUCCUCAAUCAAGAUAUCCGGGGCCUGACCAACGCGUCUCCACUGGAGCAGCUGAACAAGCGCUACUGGUACGUCUGCCAGGACUUCAUGGAGUUCAAAUACCCGCAUCAGCCCGGCCGCUUCCCAGACCUGAUGAUGUGUCUGCCGGAGAUCCGCUACAUCGCAGGGAAACUGGUGAACGUCCCGCUGGAGCAGCUGCCCCUCCUCUUCAAGGCAGUUCUGCAUUCCUGCAAGGCCAGCCUGAGCAAGGAGUGAGAAGCCCCCUCCCGUCUCCCCCCUCCCUCCGGCAAGAGGAGGAGGGGGGAGCCCCCACCGCCGAGGCAGCCAGGAAGAAGGGCUGUGGGUAGCCUUGCCACGCGUUGCCCUGCUGCAGCAAGGAGUCCUUGGCGUUUCCUUUUUUUACUUCUUUCCUAUACUAUUUAUUUCACGACAGAGUUGAAUGUAUGAUCUUCAACGCAGCGCACGGCGUUCUGUCCCAAUGCAGCCGACGCAGUUUACAGAAUGUGAAGAUGUGUGUUCCAGUGUGUAGGGUUAGAUCUUUUGUACUGGGGCGGGGGGUGGGGGGCGGGGGCCAAUGACUACGACUACCUCAAGGAGGAGAAGGUGCUGAACCCCACCGGCUCUUCCCGUGGGCUGCACCCCAAGCAUCCCUCCUGGCAGGCCAGCGGCUGCUCCUCCCUGGAGACGUGCCAAGCCCCCGGUGCUCUCUGCCCCCUUGGCGGCCCCUUCAGCUUGCUUGGGGGCGCCAGACCGAGCAGCCCAAAGUCUCCCCAUGUGCAGGACUGCAAGGAGAAGGACUCGGCUGCCGAGCGGGUGGCCUGGCCUGGCCUCUCGGAAGCUCCUUGGGAGUGUCUGGGGAUGGGUGGGGGGGGGGCGCAGAGUGACAGCCUGCCCUAGAGACACCUGGGGGGGGAGCUAUUGCGCAGGCCUUUAGAACCAAAAAAGCAACCACCGGAAGCUCUUUGCAAAGAGGAACGAGCAGCCCCUUCUGGACUCCGUCCUCCUCCCCUGCCCUCUUUCCACUCACACAGACGCGCCCCCCCCCCCCCGUCCAGGGGCCCGCGGUACGAGGGCGGCAGGGUUGAGUUCCGUGACUUGCAGACUCCUGCAGUUGAGUCUGUCUGGUCUGUCCAAGAAGCCCCCUCCUCCAGUGGUGGGGCCCAUUGCGCCUUUGCCCCCUAGCGGCCUUUUUGCAUCCGGACACUUGGCACGUCUCUCGGGAGCACACGUAGCUUGGUCUGGGGGGUGCCAGCAGGUGGGGCCAGCUGCUGACUGGGAGCCCAACAGAACAUGGGGCAGUGGCGGCCCAGCACAACAUUGCCUGGUGGGCCUUGGCUGCCUUGGUUUGCGGGAGGGAGCUGGGAGGCUGGCCCAUUCCCGUCCGGUGAGAGGGGCCAGGGCGGCAGCGCUUGGUGAACCCCCAGACUGGUGCUGGGGCCCCUUUGCUUCCUGUCGGUCCCAGUCACAUUUUUCUCAGGAAGGCCCUGCUGCUGGGCUGCAAGACACCUCAGAGGGCAGGGACCCGAGCGUGUUCUCCGUCCACCCACCUGCGCCGAAACCCAGAAGGGCUGCCUGCCAGACGGUUGCUUUUAUUUUAAUUUUUGCAAAAAACCUGUCCACCAUACUGGGAUGAUGAGUUCCCUUUUGGCUUGUGCGCAUUCGUCAGGGAAACUUGCGUUGCACAAACUGACGGUUGAGCCAUACUGUUUUCGAUUGUGUUUCUCAGCUGUUCGGUCAGGGCUGGCUUCUGAAUACUCCGAUCCGUGGCCAGAUGCGUCUCGCGGGGGGGCCUUCCCCACCCCUCUUCCAGCGGUGACUUGAUUCCCAAGGGAUGCAUUGUGCCUGCCUGCUUUAGCAGCGGGAGCUGUGUGCGAGGGGCAGAGGCGGGCCCACUGAUGGGUCCCUGGGUGAGACCGUUUCCCUCUGUGUUAGCAGCAGCCGCCGCCUCUAUGGACAAAUCCUCUGUUGGUGUCUGGGAGCAGAAGAGCCAGGCAGCAUCCAGGCACAAGACAGAAGCUAAUGUAGUGAGCCAGAAGGUAACGCGCUGGGGCUGCCAUUAAGGCCUCCUGCAACCAAGUCUGCUAACGACUUGGGGGCUUGAAACAGGGUAAAGUGAAUGUAAUGCGUUGCGGACUCAGGUAUUAUGUGAAGAAAAUAGGAACGUAGCUAGAGGCGUAGAGACCGUAGGUCACUCACUAGAUGGAUUUGUGGGUUUGGUUUGAAGGACACCCUACAAAGGUUGGAAUUCUCUUUUUGUGCCAUUCUUCACGCAGCGGCCGUUCAGCAGAGGGGCCGUCUCUUAAUUUUGUGCUUGAUGCUGGGGGUGGGGCUGACAUCCAUUAUCUGUGGCUUCUCCCUCUGGGGGCACAGCAGGCCUCUCUGGCUUAGAAAUUCCCACCAGCCCUAAGAGGCUUCUUCCCCACCACAAUUCUGAGCUCAUUUUUAUCCCUAGCUUUGAAAAAGAGACUAGUCCACCCCCCGCACCCACACUCAGUCCCAGGAGAGUUGCUUCCACCAUGCAAGGCCCCCAGAAUGAGUGGCUUCUGCAGCAUUGGGCCAGGAAGACCUUGGCCCCCGGAGGCACAGCCAGCCCCCUGAGCAGCAGGGAGGCGAGGUUCCCCUUUGACCCUUCAGUACGGUCCUUCAAAUCAACCUUUUUUGUUGCUGUUUAUAAACUUGAACUUCUUCCUAAUCUUUCUAAUAUUUUUAUUUCUAAAAGGAAAACAGUGGGGGGUGGGGGAGAACCCUCUCUUCUCCCUCCUGCCACCGUCUCUCCCUCCCAGGCUUGAUCAAGAGACCAAAUGGUGGCGUUUCCUCUAUCUCAGGCUUCAAAGCGGCAAUCAGCCCUGCCCGGGGAGGGGGGGCUAGAGGAAGGACGAAGCGGGUGUUUUUGCAUUUGAGGUGACAUGUGAAUCGAGGGGAUGCCCCAGCUGGUGUCAGUGGCGAGGGCGGCCUGGGGUCCUUCUGUGGGUUCUCUGUGCGCCAGUUUGCUGCGCACAGCAGCUCAGGGAUAUGUAUUUAAAACUGAACCCAGAGAAAGACCGCCCUGCCCUUGCUGCCCCAGUGGGCUUCCUUUCCUGGCCGGCUUGGGGGCCUCUGCUCUCGGGGAACCUCUGGGUGGUCAAGGAGGCUGCCUGGCCCCCAAUGGGCCUGUAGAGGAAACCUGCUGGCUGGAUUCCCCGAGAAGCUCCCCGAAGCGGGCAAAACUUUACCUCCUCCACCAAGCCGCCUUUGCGUGUUUCUUUCCUAUGUAUGAAAAUGUCUUGUACUAGUUGUUGAUAACAUUAUUGACUCAAUUUCCAUAACAAAACUACCUCUUGUGUGACAUCCUGUUUAUCAUCUCAAAGGAAUUGUGUGAAAAACAAAGCAUUUUUCUUUCUAAAAAAUGCUUCCUCUUUCCAUGUGUUUGAGUGAAUAUGCAGUGGGGAAAACAUCUGGGGACUUUGGGUUGACCUCUCUCCAAAUUUUGCACAGGCUCCCAGGUAGGGUGGUGGUGCUGGGCCCUUUGGGCACAGGGAGAGGUGACGGGGGGGGGGGCCUUGGAGGGCUAGUUUUCAACAGGAACUGGCUACACAUUCCCACCCCAAAUUUCCCCAGAGAAGGGCUGAUCCAUCUGACUCAUCUUGAAUUGCACAAGUGGGGGCUGCUGGCUAUUCCAGCCCCUCAGAAGGGCUUGAGGGCUCUUGGCCACUCCAGGGCACAGCUGUAGAAGCCCCCUCCCUCUUGGCCAGCCUCUGGCUCCACCAUUUCCUUGGGAGGGCUGAGUGGACCUGGUUCUUGGGUGCUCCCUCCUUGCCUUGAUCCUUGAUGUGUGCGCAUGCUUGUGCACACACCCCACUCCAAAAGCCAGGCAGGUAUUGUAGAGCAGAUCCUCCAUAUUUGGCAGCUGGGGGGUGGGUGUAUAGCAGGGGGUGUGUGCCAUCUGCAAGCAUCCCCGGGGGCUGUACUAAGCCUUGGCAAAUGCAGCUGGGCUGCCUCAUUCCCCUUGGCCUGCAUGCCUUCUGUGGGGUGAACCAUGAGCGCCACAGGUCCUGUGCACACCCACCAGCUCUUGGGCCCCUCUCUGCUGCCUGGGUCAUUUCGGGCUCUUCAGCAGGCAUGUGGGGAAAGGGUGGCCAUUCCUUGACCAAGCCAAUUAAAAUGCAUUUUUCCCACGAUUCCUUGUAACAAAUCAGGGAAGCAGGGUGUCACCGCAACAUAACAAGUCGUGAAUGUUUUAGCUGUUAUGUUUCUAACCUGCUUGGAGCUGGAGCGCUGGGCAGGCCGCACGGCAGGGCUUGCUGGUCCCUCUGCCCGUGGGGGGUGGGCCGUUGCUCUCGCGGUGCUCUGACCAAAUGAAUGUUGACCUGGCAGCGCCUCUUGCAUCUGGCUGCCUCCACUCGCAGGCUCCACUCUGUGACUUGACUACCUGUGGAAAUGUGCCCAAUAAGUGUUAAGCGCAUGUUUAGCAAGUGUUAGAUAUUUGAACAAAUAAAUGUGAAUGGUUCUGCA